ACAGAAAGGGAGACUGGGAGACAGUCUGUACUGCAUUGCAUUGGGCACUGGCUUGGAAAGCAAAACAGAACAGAAAAGAGAGAAAAAGGAAGCGAGAGUUUUUCUGGUGAUCCUGGAACAACUGCAACACUGCACUGAAGGAGGAGGGAGGGCAAGUGGGAGGAGAGAAAGAGAAGGAGGGAGAGAAAGGAAAGACAGAAAUAGUCACACACAGAAGCGCAAAACAGACUGUCAAGGAAUAUCUGACAAGGAAUCAUUUUCCUUCCCGUUGAGUCACUCUAUAAUCUUCCUCCUCCAGCAUGCCUUUGUUCUUCCUCCUCUCCUUCUCUCUUUUAAAAAAAAUCUCAACUUGAACUAUUCAUGCAUUAAAUUUUGAAUGCAUCUUUCUCCUCUCCCUGACUCUCACUGUCUCUCUCUCUCCAUCUCUCUCUCUCUGUCUUCCUCCCUCCCUUCUCCUCACCACCUGUUAGUCUUGACUCUCUCUUCACCGGUAUUUCCAGUUUUACGGGGGAGUUUCACACUCACGCUAUUACUAAGCCCUAUGACUGUGCGAAAGGGAAACAAGCGCCUGACCAUCUCCAUCCAGGAACACAUGGCCAUUGACGUCUGUCCCGGGCCAAUCCGCCCCAUACGACAGAUCUCUGCCUACUUUCCCCGCCUCUCGCCCACUUCCUCCGUCUCUGAGUUGAAUCCAGCCAAUCCAUCUGGGUUUCCCUCCACGCUCAGCCCCAGCAGCGGAGGAGGGGCAGUAGGGGGAGGAGGAGGGGGCGGCGGUGGCCUGUUGUCCCCACUGUUGGCGGGGGCAACGGGAGACGGCGGAGGGGGCACGUUGUCGGCCAUGGGUAGCAUGGACACAUCAAUCGAGAUUGACAGCUGUGACAGCGAUGACAGCACCGCCUUGGGGACAUUGGAGUUUGACCUGCUGUAUGAGCGAGCCACCAGCUCCUUACACUGCACCGUAAUCAAAGCCAAGGGUCUGAAGCCGAUGGAUUUCAAUGGCCUGGCCGAUCCUUACGUCAAGCUGCACCUGCUCCCAGGAGCCUGCAAGGCGAACAAACUGAAGACCAAGAUCGUGCACAACACCCUGAACCCUGUGUGGAAUGAAAGACUCACCUACCUGGGCAUCACAGAGGAGGACAUGUACAGAAAGACACUCAGGGUGUCUGUGUGUGACGAGGACAAGCUGACGCAUAACGAGUUCAUUGGAGAGUCGCGGGUGGCCCUGCGCCGCGUGAAGCCUGACCAAACCAAACGCUUCAACAUUUGUCUGGAACACCCACCGCCCCUUCCCUCCCCUUCUGCAAUGAGUGCGGCACUGAGAGGCAUUUCCUGCUACCUGAGAGAGUGGGAGAGUGAACAGCAGAGGAGUCUGGAGGAGAGGGGUCGUCUGCUGCUCUGCCUGCAGUUCCUCCCCACGUCCGGUGUGGUCGAUAAGGCCAAAGGGGAGGAGAGGGCCCACGGAGGGCUAUGUGUGGGUGUGCGACGCUGCGCCCACCUAGCCGCCAUGGACGUCAAUGGAUUCUCGGACCCCUAUGUCAAAACGUACCUCAAGCCAGACCUGCAGAAGAAAUCCAAGCAUAAAACAGCCGUCAUAAAAAAGACUCUUAACCCAGAGUUUAAUGAGGAGUUCUUCUAUGAGAUCUCCUUCACGGAGCUGUCCACCAAAACCCUGGAGGUCACCGUCUGGGACUACGACCUAGGGAAAUCCAACGAUUUUAUUGGAGGCGUGUCCUUAGGCUGUCACUCACAAGGAGAAACUCUCCAGCAUUGGAUAGACUGUCUGAAGAACAAGGGCACAAAGGUGGAGCGAUGGCACACGUUGACCAAUGAGCUGCCUGGAUCCACAUUCCAUGAAUGAAAAUGGGCCAAUAAUAAUAUCUCACCACUGUACUGUUUUUGGCCAAAAUGUUUGGCUAAAUUGGGAUUAUGGAUGAAAAGGUGUUCAUCAUCGCAUGUUAUGAAGAUGUAUUCUGCAUGCUUUGAACAUUUGCGUUCAGAAAGAAAUGGUAGGGGUGUGGGGUUAGUUGAGCCAAAGGGGUUAGUUAAGGCAUCCUUGUUUCUAAGAAACCAUACACAAAAUGUAUAAUUUGGCCAAAUACUUAGGAAGCGGUCAUCAUUUCAUGGAGUCUGUGAAGAAGGGUUUCCUAAACUCGGACCCCAAGGGGUGCACUUUUAAAAAAUUCCCUAGCACUACACAGCUGAUUCAAAUAAUCAACUAAUCAUCAAGCUUUGAUCAUUUUAAUUAGCUGUGUAGUGUUCAGGCAAAAAAAAAAAAAAACAUGCACCCCUUGGGGUCCCGGGGACCGGAUUUGGGAAACGCUGCUGUGAAGGAAGAAACCAGGAAAAAGUGGGACGCAAGUCAGGUCCCCAAAAAUGAUUUUCACCAAGUCAAAUGAAUAUGUGUUAGAGGUUUCAUGAUGCUUGUAUUUGAACCAAAGUAGAUCAUUUUAAGAUUGUUCUAUACAUCAGUUGGGGUCUUUAUGAGUUUCAAUAUGAGG